CAGGGGCAGAUCUGCGCGAGCCGGCCCACAACCCGACCGGGGCUGAAACCUCCCCUGCGGAGAGCGCGAGCUGUGAAAAAAGAGAGAGCAAGAGAAAAAGAGAGAGAGAGAGAGAGAGAGAGAGAGAGAGCGCAGGAGCGUGCGCGCUCUAGUACCUGUCCUGUGCAGCUCGCAGCAAUGCGCGCGGACCGGCGCCGAUCCUUCUCUCCGCUUUGCAGAGCGCGCAAAUAAAAAGUGAGGAGAAAAAAAUCAAGCAAGCAUGGAGCUCCUUCAUCAUCUCCUCCUCUUCCUCAUCACGUUCUGCUUUUCUUUCAUUUUCACCUAUGGAGUUUCCUCACCUGCGCGCGUGCUGUGGCUCGGGAGCGUUCUGAAGACUCUGCAGCUGUGUCUGUCCAUGUCAUCUGUCUCAGCUUCAUCCACCAGUGGCCUCAAUCACGACUACAUGUUCUUCACCCCGGUGGAGGUCGACUCUCAUGGAAACUACAUUACACACAACUUGUCAAGGUUGAGGCACAGAAGCCGAAGGUCGCUAGAAGAAGGUGUAGGUCAUGUGCACUACCAUUUCUCUGCGUUUGGGAAGGAGUUACACCUGGACUUACGGCCUGCAGCCGUGAUCGCUGAGGAGUUUACGGUACAGACUCUGAGUGAGGGCGGAGUCAAGGUCACACACAUCGAUCCUGAUGUAGGUAACUGUCUCUAUCAGGGCAGCGUGAGGAACCACACAGGGUCUACUGCAGCUGUUUCCACCUGCACAGGACUGUCAGGUCUGAUCCGGAUGUCAAGUGAAGAGUUCUUCAUCACCCCUCUGCCCAAUCAUUUGGCACUGGAGCACAACUACAGCGCCCCUGCUGGACACCAUCCACAUGUCAUUUAUAAACGCUCAGCAGAACGACGCAUCCACAGGGACAGAACAGAGAGACAGGAUGAGCCUCACCAUCAGCAUCGUCAUGACUACCAGCACGGAAAGUUUCAGAGGCAACACUUCUGUGGGCGCCGCAAGCAAUACACUCCCAAGCCCCCUGCAGAGGAUCGCUUCCAAAUGCCUGAUGAGUUUGAACCUGCAGGUCGGAUAAAGCGAUCACCAAUCUCAUCUAAUAAUGUAGGAGCUCUGAAUGUGGAAACUUUGGUGGUGGCUGACAGGACGAUGGUGGAGAAACACGGGCGGGAAAAUGUCACCACCUACAUCCUCACCAUCAUGAAUAUGGUCUCCAGCCUGUUUAAGGAUGGCACCAUUGGGACAGAUAUCAACAUCGUGGUGGUCAGCCUUCUCCUGCUUGAGCAAGAGCCACUGGGUCUCUCCGUCUCUCACCAUGCUGAUCAGACCCUGAACAGUUUCUGUCAGUGGCAGUCAGGGCUGAUAGGUAAAAACGGCAAGAGACACGAUCAUGCUGUUCUCCUCACAGGCCUCGAUAUCUGCUCUUGGAAGAAUGAACCAUGUGACACCCUGGGCUUUGCCCCAAUCAGUGGGAUGUGCAGUAAAUAUCGCAGUUGCACCGUAAAUGAGGAUACUGGGCUGGGCCUCGCCUUCACAAUCGCACAUGAAUCAGGGCACAAUUUUGGGAUGAUCCACGACGGAGAAGGAAACCCUUGCAGGAAGGCGGAGGGAAACAUCAUGUCUCCAACUCUGGCAGGGAAUAAUGGCGUGUUCUCCUGGUCAUCCUGCAGUCGCCAGUACCUCAGUCGCUUCCUAGGCACAGCUCAAGCCUCGUGUUUGGUAGAUGAGCCAAAGCUGAUUGGUCAGUAUAAAUACCCUGAGCAACUCCCGGGCCAGAUCUACGACGCAGACACACAGUGCAAGUGGCAGUUCGGCUCCAAGGCCAAGACCUGCAGACUUGAUUUCAUCAAGGACAUCUGUAAGUCGUUAUGGUGCCAUCGGGUGGGGCAUCGAUGUGAAACCAAGUUCAUGCCUGCUGCUGAGGGGACGACUUGCGGACAGGAUAUGUGGUGUCGUAAGGGACAGUGUGUAAAGUUUGGGGAUCAUGGGCCAAAAGCAGUUCAUGGUCAGUGGUCAGGCUGGUCUGACUGGUCGGAUUGUUCCAGAAGCUGUGGGGGCGGAGUUAUGUAUCGGGAACGCUUUUGCAACAGUCCCAGUCCUCAGCAUAGCGGGAGAUUCUGCCAGGGUUCGAGUCAACUGUACCAGCUGUGUAACACUGGGUCAUGUCAGCAAGACGCUGUGGACUUCAGAGCACAGCAGUGUGCUGAGUACAACAGCAAACCAUUCCGGGGCUGGUUCUAUAAAUGGAAACCUUACACCAAAGUGGACGAUGAAGAUAUCUGUAAACUCUACUGCAUCGCAGAGGACUUUGACUUCUUCUUCGCCAUGUCCAGUAAGGUGAAGGACGGCACAUCUUGUUCCGAUCUUGCUCCAGAUGUGUGUAUCGAUGGGAUCUGUGAGUCGGUGGGAUGUGAUCAGGUUUUGGGUUCCAGUGCUGCUCUAGACGUCUGCGGUGUGUGUAAAGGAGACAAUGCCACCUGCAAACUCUACAGCGGCCAGUACAACUCCCAGCACCAAGCCAAUGAGUACUACCCAGUGGUGACAGUCCCUGCUGGAGCUCGGAGUAUCCGUGUUCAGGAGAUGGAGAUCUCAAGCAGUUAUCUGGCGGUUCGUGGCCAGAAACGCGGCUCGCAUUUCCUGACCUCUGACUGGAUGGUGGAUUGGCCAGGAAAAUUUAACUUUGCAGGAACUACGUUCUUGUAUAGGCGAACAAAUAAUCAGCCAGAGAGCCUGUACGCCCCGGGACCGACCAAUCAAACGCUUGUCUUUGAAAUCCUUGUUCAAGGUAAAAACCCAGGUGUGAUGUGGGAAUACACACUUCCUCUACAGGAGAAAAAACAUACCUACACGUGGAGAGUGAUUCGAUCAGACUGCUCCGCCUCAUGUGCAGGAGGUCGUGUGUCUGUGAAGGCCGUAUGUGUGCAGGAUGAACAGGUUCAGGUGAACUCCUCACUAUGUGAUUCCAACAGCAGACCUGUGCUGGCAUCUCAGCUCUGUAACACACAGCCAUGUCUGGCCAGUUGGUCGGCAAGUAAAUGGAGUGCAUGCAGUGUGUCAUGUGGAGAAGGCCAGCAGAGUCGCAUUGUCCGCUGUCUCAGGAAGGUGAUGUACCAACGAGAGGAGUUAGCUUCGCCCUUUAUGUGCCCUUCACCUGCACCGGCUCAGACACAACCCUGCAACACACACUCUUGUCCUCCAGAAUGGGGUACCGGUUCAUGGUCAUCGUGCACGAAGACGUGUGGACGUGGCGUGAGGACACGGAGUGUGUUCUGCCACAGUGUUAAUCACGUCUCUGGUGCAUCGGUUCUCCAAGAUAGCUUGUGCGAGCUGCAGCUGAAGCCCAAAUCUCAGGAGAGCUGUGUGAUGAGUCGUUGCCCUAAAAAUGAGCGGCUGCAGUGGAUCACCACCGCCUGGGGAGAGUGCUCUGUAACAUGUGGGGGAGGUGUGAGGAUUCGAGAGCUGCGCUGUGCUGAGAGAGACUCGAAUGGAGGGUUUACAGAACUCCCCAUCAGGAGGUGUAGAAAUCUUCAGAAGCCCCACACUGACCUUCAGCAGUCGUGCAAUAAAGUGCAGUGCCCUGACCUGCAGCACCACAUACCUACGCCUGGCCUGGGCAGAGCGAGCAGUGCCAUGGCACUCAGCUGGUACUCAUCACCAUGGCAACAGUGUACAGUGUCAUGUGGAGGUGGCGUGCAGACUCGCAGUGUUCAGUGUCUCCGACAUGGCAGACCCUCAUCAGGGUGUUUAUCCCACCACAGACCCAUCAGCUCCAAAGCUUGUAACACACACUUCUGUCCACCACCACAACUGGCAUCAGGUCCUUCUCUUAAAGGAGAGCAGUCGUGUGUUGAUUACUUUACCUGGUGUCGCCUGGCUCCCCAACACGGCGUGUGCAACCACAGGUUCUACAGCGAGCAGUGCUGCAGGUCAUGUUCAGUCAAAAAGUUGUAGAACCCAAUAACUUUCUCAUGAGCACCCCCUCUGACUCUAACAACCCAACGGAUACCCUCGGGGCCUAGACUUGGAAGAUUUGGAAAAUGAAAUGUAAAAAAAGAAAUGGACAAAAGAAAGCAAAAGACAUGGAGGCCUGGUUCCUCCUGAAGUACUUGAUGGGCAAAAACACUUUGGAGAAAAAAAAAACACCAACUCUGUGUGUGUGCUAAAACUCUGGUGAAGUUUUAAAGGCACCAAAAUUGGGUUUGUAACUGGACAGGCAGCGCAGGACGUUAUUUCUGUAUAUGGACAAUCCUGUUUUCUUAAUUAUUAUUAUUGUAAUCAUCAGAAUCUAAGCAAAUGUUUUGUUCAGUUUUAUAUUUUUUUGUAUAAUUGACGCAUUCUGAGAUGUUUUUUUUUUUUUUUUGACACAGAGUGCACAGAGCUGAUACUGACUUUAUUUCACACUUUAGUUCGUCCUGAUCUGUACCUUUUAAUUGUACAAUUGAUUUAAUUGUGUUUCUAAUAAAAAUAUAAAAUUGUACUAAAUAAUAAGGAAAGAAAAAGAGGACAGUGGUUAGAUAAACUAGCAAAUAGCCUUUUUUUCUCUUAUUGUAUAGCAUGGCAUAUAAUAAUGGUUUUAAUAUUAUAGUUUGGCUACAUUAGCUAAUCUGAAUAAAUGCUAACAUUUGUAAUGAUUUUUAUUUGUAAUGAUUGUACAUUUUUUUUAGAUGGAACUUUAAAGUAAUCUAUUUUGCUAGCCAACAUUCUGACACAGCUAGACAGGUAAUAAGAUUGAUAAUGAAAUCCACAACAGAAAAUGUUAGCCAAGGUAAUGAGGUACCUAAAAUAGUAUCCACCAACAUUUCACAUGAAUCAGUGGAAGUUAGCUAGCAAGCAUUAGCGUUAGGCUUAAUGUGACACUGUGUACGUAUAAAGGCCAUAUUCAGUAGCACUGCUAAAUCCAAGUAAACCCUUUUUUUUUUUUUUUUUUUUAAACAUUUCAGAAAAAAAUUCCAGAAAAUGUUAGGUAUGGUAUUGUGCCCCUCACGCCAUACCCACACAAACAGAAAGAGAGUAACUGACUUUAUACAUUAUUAAAGUGGGAUAAAGUCAGUAUCAGCUCAGUAUUGGCUUCCAGAAUCUCAACUAUGAUAAGCAAAAAUAAUGCCAUAGUGCAUCUAAUCCUAUGUUCACACUAGCUAUCCAACAAACUCCUCAUGCCUCUUGUAGCUACUGCUACUGUUGCUAUUCAUAGGUGGGAACUUUCCUUUUUUCAUUUGUGAUGAAAGGGUAGUAGCUAUAGUAUAUUACUUCUAAAGCUGACUAAUUCAUUGUGAAAAAGUUAGUUGAUUUACAUUCAAUUUCAUUACAUCAACCUUCACAGAGACAAUAACGAUCUCUGCUACUUCAUUCCAAAUGCUUAUUUAAUGAAAAAGAAUAUACAACAUGAUAAGAUGAAACCUUGAUUAUACUUUUUAAUUCAUUUUGGCUUGUCAAACAGCAACUAAUUACGCAUUGGAACUAAUGAUGUGAGCCCCCUGCACAUUGAAGAAAUGUAGGACAACAUAUAGACCCUGGUCUGAGCAGUCAUUUGAAGGAAAUAUCGAGAUUUGUCACUUUACAGCAUCAUACAGAAUUGAAAUGGAAUUUAAUCUCAGUGCAAAAACAGAGAGAACGAAUAACAGCUUGGUUUUUUGCUAGUGUGAACACAGGGCACAGGGUUACAGCUUUAUGAUCAGUUCAUUUCUAUGUAUUGUAGUUUGACGGUCACUUUUUAAAAUGAUUUCAUAUUUUGUGUGAAUGUGCACAUGUACCUAAACUAAGGAAAACUGUAGCAGUGGCUUCAGUUAGCUCUGUUGGAAUGACAGCAGUUCCAGUGUAUAAUUUCCUAUAGCAGUGGGAAAAAAGCAAAGGUUUUUAAAAGGAUUUAAUGGAAAAAUACAGAAAUAGUUAUAACUGUUCAUUGUUUUUGAACUCUUAAUUAUUUAGUAAUAUGAUUCACAAAGAUAAUUAUGAUCCAAAAUCAAAAAUUUGAAUAAUAUAGAUGCCAAUUAAAUGGUUUUGAGGAUUUGUUUUUUGGAAGUUGCUCUUAUCACCUGUUGUACAUGCCUUUGUAACACCAUCAAGAUCUUUAGACCAUUUUAAACCCACUCCAAAAUGUUGGUGUUUUGGUGCUGUUUUUCAUUAAAACGUACUGUACUGUUUUUUUAUAUACAUGUACAUGUAUAUGUAUAUAUUUACACUGCUAUUGAUCAGUGGUGCAAUCUCAACUCAGUCAACAUACACACAGUCAUUAAAUGAUGUCCUGUAAAUAAUUUCUCCAAUAUUCACAUUCAAUUGCAUUGCAAUCAAGA